UAGCUCAGUGAAGAUUUGGUUUCGAUUUCCGGGUCUGGAAACUGUCGAGAGAAGUUUAUCUGGAGCUGGAGGUCUUACAAGAUAGCAACAGAAGAAGGUGAACUCCAUCCAGAGAAAAUGUCCAUUGAGUUUUAUGGAUGGCAAGUCAUCCAUGAGGAUAAUAGCCAUUUGAAAUCAGGACAGGAGCUUAAAAAUGGGAGAGGAUAUACCAUGUAUCACGGGACCCACAAAAACAAUGCUGCAAGUAUAAUAAAGUCAGGGUUUAUACCAUCCAAGGAUGGACUCUUAGGUGCAGGGGUUUAUGUUAGCAGAGAUGUGACCAAAGCAAAAGCAUAUCCAAAGCUAACAGCAGCAAGUGACAAAGUGGUCUUCAAGCUGAAGGUUAGAGUUGGAAAAGUGAAGAAAAUAGAUGUGGAUAAUCAUCCCCUUCAAAGAACCUGGCAUCAGCACGGUUACGACUCUGCCUGGGUCCCACCGAAAUGCAGGAUGUUUUCCAUUCCCAGUGGGAAAGAAGAAGACUGCAUCUGGGAUCCCAAACGAAUCACAGUGGUGGACAUCGCUUACGCAGAUGACCAGGUCAAGAAAGAUCUGAAGAAGCUGAUACAUAAAGAUGCAGCUGCAAAAACCAGGGAUCACUGUGAUGUCUGUGGUUUUCAAAGAGAUUCAUCCCAUGUAAUUCACAGGUGCUGGGGUUGUAAGAAAGUCAUCUGCUCUUUUAUGAGCAAACAUGUUUGUUACCAUGAAGGGCUCUUCUUCCCUGGCCUGAUGGCCAUCAGAACACUGCAUUUUUGCAUGUUUGAACAGACGGGAACCAGUGGCAUGAUGACAUUGCAGUUUUUUGGAUGGGAGACCGUUUAUGACAAUGAUCAUCAUCUGCAUUCAAAUCAGGAACCAGUGAAUGGCAGAGAAUACAUCAUGUACCAUGGUACUUCAGUCAGCAAUGCAAAGUCCAUCAUACAAUCAGGUUUCAAGCAAUCAAGCAAGGGCAUGCUCGGUCCAGGAGUCUAUGUCAGUAGAGACAGGGAGAAAGCCAGAAGAUAUCCCAUUAACACUCCAAAUGAUAGAGUUAUUUUAAUGUUGAAAGUACAGGUAGGAAAAGUCAAGAAAAUAGAUAAAGAAAAUCAUCCCAUGUCAACAACGUGGAAACAACAUGGAUAUGAUACAGCAUGGGUUCCUCCCAACUGUGGGAUGAGAAAUGUCCCCAGUGGAUUAGAGGAAGAUUGUGUUUGGGACCCACAAAGGAUCCAGGUGAUCGACGUAAUAAAUUCCCCUGAUCCUGUGACAACACAGCAGUUGAAAGACUUGCUUCAAGCAAACCUGAACAGCAAGCCUGUGCCUGGGCCAGAGUUGGUGGACCAUUGUCAGGCCUGUAAAAAUACAAUGGUACCUUCUCAUCAGUUACAGCUCUGCUGGGGGUGUGGACAGACCAUCUGCCCUUUCAUGGCAAAACACAUAUCUGGACAGGAACGAAACACCUUGGGCCACUGGCACUCGGAGACUGCUGGAGACCAGGCACCUGGUCAGCCCCAAGCUGGAGAGGAGCCUAUGGCUUCAGCAGUUCAGGACUCAGCUCAACUGAGAACCUAUACUGUGGAACCUUUAGAGAUUAAGGAUACAACUUAUGUUCCGGGCUCUUCUGAGAAACAGCUGGUUCAGUUCCCACUGAUUGUUGUAGAAGACUUGGGCUCAAGAUUCGAUGCAGACAUAGCCAUGUGGCUGGGCAGUGCCCAGAAUGGCAUCAAGGUCAAAAAUUACCACCAGCAGCUCUCCCACAUUCACAGGAAUGGCUGGGUUAUGACAAACAAUAUUGAAAAAAGGAAACUGAAACUGAAGCUAAUAAAACCCAGAUGUGCAUCUGUCGCUUUGCAGAACAACAGACUCAGGCAAGAGCAUCCGAUUACCAUGGCAUACGCUUAUGGAAAUAUGUGGGCUGAAGAAGAUGCACCUGGUUUCAUUGAAGCGUGUCUUAAAAGUUACGAAGCACCAAAGAGUGGCAAGAUCUAUGUGAUGUACCAUGGAACCUCUACCCAAAACGUAGACGCCAUUCGGAGGAAUGGUUUCCGCCAGUCUCCUACGGGUAUGCUGGGCCGUGGAGUCUAUGUCAGUCGGGACAUUCAGAAAGCCUGCAGAUAUCCACUGGAUGUUCCUGACUAUCAGAAGGUUGUGCUUAAGUUAAGAGUUAAUGUGGGAAAGGUCAAAAAGAUAGAUUAUCAAGGGCACCCAUUGCAGAAGACUUGGCAUGAUCAUGGCUAUGACACGGCCUGGUGUCCUCCAGACUGUGGCAUGGUACCAAGUGGUCUGGAGGAGGACUGUGUCUGGGAUCCCAGGAGAAUAAAGGUUGUUAAAAUAAUUCAUCAAUCAGCUCAGCCAAGCCCACUGUACUUCCCUGAUUCAACUUCCAAAUCAGAGCCAAAUAGAAUAAAUGUUGGGUUAAAUGGUCACCCGGUUUUCAUGGAGAUUGAUACCAGCACAGCUGUAUCAGUGGUUGCAGAACCUGUCUUUAACAAGAUUCACUGUAGACUCCAAACCUUACACGUGCGCAAGACCUUGGACAGACUGACAGCGUACGCCAGGGAAUUGUUACAGAUUAAGGAGGAUGCACCUCACUUCCUUAAACCAUGUCUUAAAAGUUACAACGCACCAAAGAAUGGCAAGAUCUAUGUGAUGUACCAUGGAACCCAUGCUGACAACGCAGAUGCCAUUCGGAGGAAUGGUUUCAAUCAAGCCUCUGAUGGUAUGCUGGGCCGUGGAGUCUAUGUCAGUCGGGACAUUCAGAAAGCCUGCAGAUAUCCACUGGAUGCUCCUGACUAUCAGAAGGUUGUGCUUAAGUUAAGAGUUAAUGUGGGAAAGGUCAAAAAGAUAGAUUAUCAAGGGCACCCAUUGCAGAAGACUUGGCAUGAUCAUGGCUAUGACACGGCCUGGUGUCCUCCAGACUGUGGCAUGGUACCAAGUGGUCUGGAGGAGGACUGUGUCUGGGAUCCCAGGAGAAUAAAGGUUGUUGAAAUAAUUCAUCAAUCAGCUCAGCCAAGCCCACUGUACUUCCCUGAUUGUUACUGAGUGGAAUGGAGAGCUCAACUCCUUAAAUGGGAUAACAAUGGUGGGGUUGGGAUGGGGAAGGAGGGAAGUGGAGGAUGUUCAGGAAAACUCUACCCUGAUAUCAUCCCUUGGGCUAGGGAGGGAAGGUUCAAACGAGUUGUCACUCUAGAAGGUGGCCUUUGGUGAAUAACCGGGGAUUUAGGUUGAUGCUCUAUAAUCAUAAAGCCUGCCAAGCACUCCUUAGAAUAAAGUUCUUGGAGGCUGUCCUCCUGGCAAUGUGUCAUACAUAUUCAGCACCAUCAGAGCAUUGUUCUCAUCCAUGUCCCAGUAACCUUCAGCGCCAGGAGUGGAGUCUCUGUAAAAACACAACGUGUUUACAUUCACACAGGAAACACGGCUAUUUUCCCAAUGCACCGAAGGGUCACCACCAGCUGUGAAACAGGCCUUUAAAGUUGGAACUGAGUCACUGGGGAGAAAAGACAGUUGAUGUCACGAAAUAUUUUACAGGAGGUUCAGAGGCACAAGAUGCAAUAUUUUUCUUGAAAUCCAAUGUGUAAAUGUGAUCACUUUGUAACAUUCUGUAUACACACUUUUGGUGAUUAGAAAAAGUAUU